AUAUAAAGUGUGUGCAUAAAGGCAGAACAGAGCAGUAUAAUGAAAAUAAGCCCUGAUUUGAGUCACAAACUUUCAAAGACUUUCAAGGAAUAUCAAGGCUGGUAGAAAUCAACAAAGUGGACUAGACUGGGGGGUAGAUGAUGGAAAGAGAUGCUGAAUCUCACUUCACUGUAGCUGUAACAGGACUGUGGGUGCAGCAGGGCUCCUUUAACUCUCCGUGUGGGAGGAGGAGUCCGAGCUGCGCCUCUCUUCCUGUCACCUAAGAGAGGCGUUUCUAUGUCAAAUGUGAUUUUUAAGUGAAAGUGUCUUCUGCAUCUAACACACUUUGACCGACAAGUUCUUGCUGUGUCGUGGACCUCGUUUAUUGCAAAUAAUGUCGGACUCCAUCAAAAACGUCGCGAUAUUUGGAGCCACGGGAAUGACCGGGCUGGCGACCCUCCCGCAAGCGGUGGCUGCAGGAUACAAUGUGACGGUGCUGGUGCGGGACCCUUCCAAGCUGCCUGCCGACCACAAGGUGUCCAGAGUGGUGGUGGGAGACGUACUUAAUAAAGAGGAUGUGAUGAAGACCAUGGAAGGCCAGGACGCUGUUAUCAUCAUCCUGGGCACCAGGAACUGCCUCAGCCCGACCACCAUGAUGUCUGAAGGCACCAAGAACAUUGUUGAAUCCAUGAAGGCCCGUGGGAUCCGCAAAGUGGUCGGCUGCAUGUCAGCCUUCCUGCUGUGGGAUCGCUCCAAAGUCCCACCCCGUCUGGUUCCUGUGACAGAGGACCAUGACAGGAUGUACACGGUGCUGAAAACAUCGGGGCUGGACUACGUGGCUGUCAUGCCGCCCCACAUUGCUGAUGACCUUCCUCUGACAGAGCGUUACACGGUGACGGAGAACAUGUUAAAAGGAAGAGCCAUCUCUAAACACGACUUAGGACAUUUCUUUGUCAAGUGUCUGUCCACCUCAGAGUGGGACGGCAAGACUGUCGGUGUGUGGGCAGAUUAAUAAUUCUGAUCAACACACCGCUGACAGUGAAGGGGGUUUAAAUGUCUUCUCAUCACUAAUCGCAAUUCUUUAUUACCACUAAAAUAAGAAAAUAUUUGUUUAUGCUGAGACUUAGAGAUAAAUGAAGAAAUAAUGUCUGUGUAGAUUCAAACUACUAGUGUGUUGUGAUAAACCACAAUUUAUUUUUCCUGUGUUCAUCUUUAUGAUCAUAACUGAGCAGCUUCUGCUUGGUGUUGUUUUUAUACUAAUUUCAAUUUAAUCAUCAGCUGCCACCAGGUUCCUUUUUUAAACAAGUGCCAAACCUGUACUGCUGCUUUAGCCGUAACUGUUUACACUGUUUUACAUCAGUUCCGUCUUUCUGUCUCACAUUAACAAUCUUUACAUGUUGAAUGUUUUGUUUCCUAUCAGUGAACAUUUUGUCAUGUGAUGCCCCCUGUCACUGCUUCGAUUUACAGUAGGCCUGUUUUUAUAGCUGUUGACAAUAAAAUACUUUAUUGUACAAAAGGUUGUGAUGAAAGAGUAAAGGGUCAUGUGAAUGAGCAGAGCUGCAGGGUACUUGUUGCUAGAGUGACAAAACAACAAUGAUAAUAAAGUAUGAUAAUGAUGA